AUGGACUCCUAUGGCUUCCUGUCCCCACUCAGAUCUCUGCAUAAUGGAGUGCGGCGAGUCAGUGGGACUAUGUACAACACUGGAAGACAUGUGUCCCUCCGCCUGGACAAGGAGCACUUGGUCAACAUAUCAGGAGGUCCCAUGACGUACAGCCAUCGGCUGGAGGAGAUCCGGCUACACUUUGGGAGUGAGGACAGCCAAGGGUCGGAGCAUCUCCUCAAUGGACAGGCCUUCUCUGGGGAGGUGCAGCUUAUCCACUAUAACCAUGAGUUAUAUACAAAUGUCACAGAAGCUGCAAAGAGUCCAAAUGGAUUGGUGGUAGUUUCUAUAUUUAUAAAAGUUUCUGAUUCAUCAAACCCAUUUCUUAAUCGAAUGCUCAACAGAGAUACCAUCACAAGAAUAACAUAUAAAAAUGAUGCAUACUUACUACAGGGACUUAAUAUAGAGGAACUAUAUCCAGAGACCUCCAGUUUCAUAACUUAUGAUGGGUCGAUGACCAUCCCUCCCUGCUAUGAGACAGCAAGUUGGAUAAUAAUGAACAAGCCUGUCUAUAUAACCAGGAUGCAGAUGCAUUCCUUACGCCUACUCAGCCAGAAUCAGCCAUCUCAGAUCUUUCUGAGCAUGAGUGACAACUUCAGGCCUGUGCAGCCACUCAACAACCGCUGCAUCCGCACCAACAUCAACUUCAGUUUACAGGGGAAGGACUGUCCGAACAACCGAGCCCAGAAGCUUCAGUAUAGAGUAAACGAGUGGCUUCUCAAGUAGGAAAACUAAGCCAAGAAGAAUCCCACCUCAGUGAAACGCUAMGGCUGUGAAUUGGCGUAACCCAGAAUGUCCCCCUUCUUUCUUCCUUCCCCCAAGCCUCAUUCACUCUUUGGAUUGGCCCCUUCUUCAUGA